AUGGGUUCAUACCAGCCGACUACUACUGUUGCCAUCGUUGGGGGUGGGCCAGCUGGUCUUGCAGCGGCCAUCGCACUCUCUGAACUGCCGUUCCUCUCUGUCACUAUAUACGAACGUAAUCCAGAACCUCGCGAAGUCGGAGCUGGUAUCAGUCUAAGCUACAAUGCAUGGAAAGUUCUGGACUUACUUGGUGCUGCCGAUGGAGUCUGGGGGUCAUCCAAAGCUGACACUCUUCAAAGGAAUGGCUACAACGGCGAUGUAGUACUGAAGCAGCCAUGGCCAGAGAAUGCCAAAGAAGAUAAACGAGGUGCUAUCCGAGCUCGCAGGACUCGUCUUCAGUCUGGUCUCCUCGCAAAGAUACCCGAAGGUGUCAUCCAAUUCAACAAAAAGCUCGUGACAGUGGAAGACCUUGGAGAAAAUGGGGCUCUUCUGCAAUUCGAGGACGGGUCAGAAGCGGUAGCAGACUUGGUUGUGGCGGCCGAAGGCAUACGUUCAGUGGUCCGACGUACUCUAUAUCCUGACCUUCGGAUUCACUUCACGGGCAAUACCGCGUGGCGUACUCUAAUCCCUCGAUCAUCCCUGGCCCAUCUUCCUGAUAUUAGUCGCGGUACAUCAUGGUGGUAUGGGAAAGGUGGUCACGCGUAUCUUUCGGGAGUCGACGACCCAUCCAAGCUAAAGCCUGGCGAAGAAGAACUAUUCGAACUCUCGGUGAGGUCUUACCACGAACCCGAAAUUCCAGGUCGGACAGUCUCCUGGGGCAUCCCAGCAACCAACGAACGAGUACAAUCUCGCUUCCUGGAGUAUGAUCAAAGGGUUCAGGAUGCUAUUGCCGCUGUACCAGAAGGUAAUUGGAGGGAGUUCGCAAACUAUGCUGGGCCAGGACCAGAGAAAAUCACCGGCUGGGACAAGGUGGUACUCAUUGGAGAUGCUAGUCAUCCGCUCCACGGUGCCUUCGGUUCAGGGGCAGCGUUUGGUAUGGAAGACGGAUGGACGCUAGCCCGUGCCAUUGAGCUCACCUACAAUCGUGAUCCUUCGAACUUCCUCAGGAGUGCACUGCAGAUCUUCGAAGAGAUCCGGUUGCCGUACUAUCAAGGAAUGUACAGAUAUCUUGCCGAGCAACGAGAGAAGUUGCAAACACUGGAGGCCGACAACCGAAGCUUUGAUGACAUUCUCAAGGCUAGAUUUCAGAUGUUUGGAAUAGGACAGAAAGGAAAUCUGGACUGGAUUUACAAGCACAAUAUUGGGCAAGUCUGGGAAGAUUACUUACAAGGGCGCAAGGAAGUCAAUGCUUAA